UUUUGAAGAUCAUGAUCACAUGGAUGCAUCUAAAUAAAUGGUACCUGGGUACAUGCUGGUCCUGUAGAGAGCACAUCUAAACAGCUGGCUAAUUUCCUGGUUUACCACUCAACAUAAAACAUUGCUUGAUUCUAUCCAUCAGAACCCCCUAAUUUUCCCCACCAUGCUAUCUUUAUGUGCUUGAUCUCCUUUCCUAAAAUGGUCCUUCUGUUGAUCCUGGCAGUCCUAUUUUUGAAAGAAGAUGUCUGUGGGAGUGCACAGUCCAAUGAAAGGAGGGUGGUGGCUCACAUGCCAGGUGACAUCAUUAUCGGAGCUCUCUUCUCUGUCCAUCACCAGCCCACAGUGGACAAAGUUCAUGAGAGGAAGUGCGGGGCAGUCCGUGAACAGUAUGGCAUUCAGAGAGUGGAGGCCAUGCUGCACACUCUGGAAAGGAUCAACUCAGAUCCCACUCUCUUGCCCAACAUUACUCUGGGCUGUGAGAUAAGAGAUUCUUGCUGGCAUUCAGCUGUGGCCCUAGAGCAGAGCAUUGAGUUUAUAAGGGACUCCCUCAUUUCUUCAGAAGAGGAAGAGGGCUUGGUGCGCUGUGUGGAUGGCUCUUCCUCUUCUUUCCGCUCCAAGAAGCCCAUAGUAGGGGUCAUUGGACCUGGCUCCAGUUCUGUGGCCAUUCAGGUCCAGAACUUGCUCCAGCUUUUCAACAUACCUCAGAUUGCUUACUCGGCAACGAGCAUGGAUCUGAGUGACAAGACUCUAUUCAAGUACUUCAUGAGGGUUGUUCCCUCAGAUGCCCAGCAGGCACGGGCUAUGGUGGACAUAGUAAAGAGAUACAACUGGACAUAUGUGUCAGCUGUGCACACAGAAGGCAACUAUGGAGAAAGUGGGAUGGAGGCUUUCAAAGACAUGUCAGCCAAGGAAGGGAUUUGCAUCGCUCACUCUUAUAAAAUCUAUAGCAACGCAGGAGAGCAGAGUUUCGACAAGCUGCUGAAGAAGCUCAGGAGCCACUUGCCCAAGGCCCGAGUGGUGGCCUGCUUCUGUGAGGGGAUGACAGUGAGAGGUCUGCUCAUGGCUAUGAGGCGCCUGGGCCUUGUGGGAGAAUUUCUGCUUCUGGGCAGUGAUGGCUGGGCUGACAGGUAUGAUGUGACAGAUGGGUAUCAGCGAGAAGCUGUGGGUGGAAUCACAAUCAAGCUCCAAUCACCUGAUGUCAAGUGGUUUGAUGAUUACUAUCUGAAGCUUCGGCCAGAAACAAACCUCCGAAAUCCUUGGUUUCAAGAAUUUUGGCAGCAUCGUUUCCAGUGCCGGUUGGAAGGGUUUGCACAGGAGAACAGCAAAUACAACAAGACUUGCAAUAGUUCUCUGACUCUGAGAACACAUCAUGUUCAAGAUUCCAAAAUGGGAUUUGUGAUCAAUGCAAUCUACUCUAUGGCCUAUGGCCUCCACAACAUGCAGAUGUCCCUCUGUCCAGGCUAUGCAGGCCUCUGCGAUGCAAUGAAACCAAUUGAUGGGCGGAAACUGCUGGACUCCCUGAUGAAAACCAAUUUUACUGGCGUGUCUGGAGAUAUGAUCCUAUUUGAUGAGAACGGAGACUCUCCAGGAAGGUAUGAAAUCAUGAAUUUCAAGGAAAUGGGAAAAGAUUAUUUUGAUUACAUCAAUGUUGGAAGCUGGGACAAUGGAGAAUUAAAAAUGGAUGAUGAUGAGGUAUGGUCCAAGAAAAGCAACAUUAUCAGAUCUGUGUGCAGUGAGCCAUGUGAAAAAGGCCAGAUAAAGGUGAUCCGGAAGGGAGAAGUCAGCUGUUGCUGGACCUGUACACCUUGUAAAGAGAAUGAGUAUGUCUUUGAUGAGUAUACCUGCAAGGCGUGCCAGCUGGGGUCCUGGCCCACUGAUGACCUUACAGGUUGUGAUUUGAUCCCUGUACAGUAUCUUCGCUGGGGUGACCCUGAGCCCAUUGCAGCUGUGGUGUUUGCUUGCCUUGGCCUGCUGGCUACCCUAUUUGUUACUGCAGUUUUCAUCAUUUACCGUGAUACACCAGUAGUCAAGUCCUCCAGCAGGGAACUCUGUUACAUUAUCCUUGCUGGCAUCUGCCUGGGCUACCUAUGUACCUUCUGCCUCAUCGCAAAGCCCAAACAGAUUUAUUGCUACCUUCAAAGAAUUGGCAUUGGUCUUUCCCCAGCCAUGAGCUACUCAGCCCUUGUAACCAAGACCAACCGUAUUGCAAGGAUCCUGGCAGGCAGCAAGAAGAAGAUCUGUACCAAAAAGCCCAGAUUCAUGAGUGCCUGUGCCCAACUAGUGAUUGCAUUCAUUCUCAUAUGCAUCCAGUUGGGCAUCAUCGUUGCUCUCUUUAUAAUGGAACCUCCUGACAUAAUGCAUGACUACCCAAGCAUCCGGGAAGUCUACCUGAUUUGUAACACCACCAACCUAGGAGUUGUCACUCCUCUUGGAUACAAUGGAUUGUUGAUUUUAAGCUGCACCUUCUAUGCGUUCAAGACCAGAAAUGUUCCGGCUAACUUCAAUGAGGCCAAGUAUAUUGCCUUCACAAUGUACACCACCUGCAUUAUAUGGCUAGCCUUUGUACCAAUCUACUUUGGCAGCAACUACAAAAUCAUCACCAUGUGUUUUUCAGUCAGUCUAAGUGCCACGGUGGCUCUGGGCUGCAUGUUUGUGCCGAAAGUAUACAUCAUCCUGGCCAAACCAGAGAGAAAUGUGCGCAGCGCCUUCACCACAUCUACCGUGGUGCGCAUGCAUGUGGGGGAUGGCAAGUCAUCCUCGGCAGCCAGCAGAUCCAGCAGCCUAGUCAACCUCUGGAAGAGAAGGGGCUCCUCUGGGGAAACCCUAAGGUACAAAGACAGGAGACUGGCCCAGCACAAGUCGGAAAUAGAGUGUUUCACCCCCAAAGGGAGUAUGGGGAAUGGUGGGAGAGCAACAAUGAGCAGUUCCAAUGGAAAAUCCGUCACAUGGGCCCAGAAUGAGAAGAGCACUCGGGGACAGCAUCUGUGGCAGAGGCUGUCCAUUCACAUCAACAAGAAAGAGAACCCCAACCAAACGGCCAUCAUCAAGCCUUUCCCCAAGAGCACUGAAAUCCGUGGCCUGGGCGCAAGCAGCACAGGCACAGGUGCAGUGGCAGGUGCAGGAGGCGGUGCUGGCGGCUCGGUCGCAGGCCCUAGCGCACCCGAUCCCCCAGACACCGGCCCUAAGGCGCUGUACGACGUGGCAGAGGCCGAGGAGCACUUCCCAGCGCCCACAAGGCCACGCUCACCAUCGCCCAUCAGCAUGCUGAGCCACCGCGCGGGUUCCGCCAGUCGCACAGACGACGACGUGCCCUCCCUGCACUCGGAGCCCGCGGCGCGCAGCAGCUCCUCACAGGGCUCUCUCAUGGAGCAGAUCAGCAGCGUGGUGACCCGCUUCACAGCCAACAUCAGUGAGCUCAACUCCAUGAUGCUGUCCACAGCAGCUCCCAGCCCUGGCGUAGGCACUCCGCUCUGCUCCACCUACCUGAUCCCCAAAGAGAUUCAGCUGCCUACGACCAUGACCACAUUCGCCGAAAUCCAGCCUCUGCCUGCCAUGGAGGUCACAGGCAGCACACAGCCUGCGGCGGGGGCCCCGCCGGCCGGGGGCGCUGUCCGGGAGACCUCAGCGGCCGGGCCUGAGACUGCUGCAGCCGGCAAGCCGGACUUGGAGGAGUUGGUGGCUCUCACCCCGCCAUCUCCCUUCAGGGACUCGGUGGACUCGGGGAGCACAACCCCCAACUCGCCAGUGUCUGAGUCCGCCCUCUGUAUCCCAUCGUCUCCCAAAUAUGACACACUUAUCAUAAGAGAUUACACUCAGAGCUCCUCAUCAUUGUGAAUGUCAUUGGAAACCACACUCAGUUCCACGUGCAGAGAGCCGAGACCUCCGGUGUUCACACAGACGCAGUGACACAGUAGUCACCUGGUUAAGACCCGAUGUGGAAGAUGCCAACCAAGUACGUCCGUAAUGGAAACAUGAGAUUAAUAGUGCUAUUUAACAAAAACCGACGAUAACAACUACAAAUCUUUUGGCAGAUUUUCUUCUAGUGGCCUUAGAAAACGUGGGCUUUUAAGAAACACUGCUUAUAUUUUUGAGGGCUGACAAGGAGUAUGUUAAAACAGUUACAUAUCAAGUGCUUUGCUCUAGGAAAGCAGUGAGUGUGAAACAGCAUAAUGGAGGGGAAAAAGCAUAGUUAAUAAGCAACUGUAAAAAAAGUUUUGUUUGUUUACUUUAAUUAUUUUUUCCCAGAAGAUUCUUUGAUUCACCAAACAUGAAUGUACAUUUUAUAACAAACUCAAAAUCUGGGACCAAACGUCAACUUUUCUCCUUUCUUUUUUCUUUCCUUCCUUUAAAGACCUCAAAAAGUAGUAACUUGGGCCCAGUAUUUACUGAGGUAUUGUGAGUAUAUCCUAAGCAUAACACAGAACUGGAUAGUGAGUGCUGCAGUAAGGUAAGUAGGGCUUUUACCAGAGACUUUCCUCUCCAAUUUGGUUGUGAAAUCCUGUUUCAAAAGCCUGCAUCUGGGAUUCCACCUAGUUAUUUCAGAGUCACCUCCAUUAAGGAAGAAAACCAGUGAACGAUUUCUUGACUAUCUCACCAUGUUGCCAAUCAAUACUGGAGUAGCAAAAAAAAAAAAAUAAUAAUAUUUUCUGGAAUACUGUUUUGUAAUUCCCUCACCGGGGUGCAUUGUGUAGCUGGAAAUUCUCUUUAUAAUAAUAAUUCUUGAGCUGCAGCCUGGCUAUCUCCUUAUGAAACGCUGCCACUCCUUAUGCUGUUCUAUUAGUAUUGCCAGCUAAAAUAUUGAAAUAGGCAUUUGGGUUUCUUCAUUCCUUUCUUUUGAGAAUCUGAUGCACAAAGAGCAGCUCCUCUCUUCUUUUGAGUUACAACCACUGGAAGAAUGCUCCAUAGACCCAAUGAAGACAUCGCCAUGAUUGGAGGGACUGUUGUUCGAAGAAUUAACAAAAUCUAAAUACACUGGAAAUUUUAAGCUGUAUCAAGUUGACUUAGCAGAGAUUUAGCUAUGCCAAUGAGCAGUCAUUUUAACAUUUCUUGGCUGCUUAAACAGGGCAGCUAUGAACUAUGACAAAUGUAGAUUUUUUCAAAGCAAUACAGAACACUAAAACAGAGGAACCUUAAUAAACAGACCACAUAAUCUUUCUUAGCCAUUCCAAAAAAGAGGCAAUUAUUAAUAUUUUCCUUUUCAAAGUAUUAGUAUAAUUUUGUGCACUUCAUACUAUCACUUUUUAAAUAUUGCAGAAAAGAGACUUAAAGUUAUAAUAGAAACACAUGAUUUGAUAGGCUCAUAGAGAUAGAAUUCAUAGCUCAAGACCUGUAACCACUGUCAUCUCUUUCUUCCUCCCAUGACAGCUAUCCUCAGGUGCCAAAUGUUUUUGUUUUUAAAAUAAGGAUAGUAAUAAAAAGGAGGAGUGUCCUAGAAAUUUAAAGUUGAGUUGAUCCAGCCUUACACAAAGAUAGCCUUAUUAGAAAGAUUUGAUGUGAGGCAGAAGUAUAUUUAUGGUAGAGUGAAAAAUAAAUAGAACCUUUCCUCAAGCUCAAUUUCCUUAUUUUGGUAUAUAUUUUUUCAUUUCACACGUAUUUUGAAAAAUAGUAAUUGAGAAAUGAAAACAUAUACAUUGAUAUAAUUUAGUAUUUUCCAAUUUUAAAAGUUACAAUAAGUGUACUGCUUGUUGAUUUUCCUGAUAUCUGUUCUUAUAUCAAAAUUCAAAUUAAAUCUCCCAACAGCAAACAUCAAAAGCUGCCUUUAGCCUACUAAAAUAUUGGUUUGUGAAAAAGAUAAACCUCCUAUGAUAGAUUUGAAAAUAAUACCAUCAUCAUACCCUGAUCCCAAGUAUUAAAAUGAGACUCAUGAAACAGAAGUAAAAUCUAGGUAACUUUCUGGUUCCAUUGGAAGCAAAUGUCUGUCUGCAUCUGCCUGAGAAACAAAGGCAAACAUUUUGAAACAUUAAUAUUUCUGAAUAAUCAUCAAUAGGGUGGAAUUAGCCUGCAUAUUACUGUCUUGAUUUCUUAGACACUGAAACUUUUCUAAAUGUGAUCUAAAUUUUAAAAUUCAUUUCAUGAAAUACUUAUCUUGAUUUCCACUUUAUUCUCAAGUACAGUACACUUCCCUCUAUUAAUCAGUCUGUGAGGACUUUUGUUUUCUGGUUUUUCAGUAACAUAUUUUUUUAUAAAGUUCACCCCCCUCUCGUAUGAGGAAAUUCAUUAGAAAGUAUAAUUUAAUGCAAAUAAAUUGCCAUCUGAUAAUUCCAUAUGAACUCAUAAUCAAGUAACUGUAAUAAGAAAAAUAAUUUAAUCAAUUAGACAAGAACAAGAGGUACUUUUCUCUAUUUCUAUGACCUUUACCACUUCAUUGAAUACAUUGUAUAUGGGACAUAACAUUAUUAAUAAUCUCUUCUGGAAAUCUUUUAUUUUGGAAUGACGCUAACUCUGUCUCUUUGCCAAUUCUAAUACCAGGUUCCAAGUAAUAAAUAUACAAUACAAAAAGAACUGAACUUUCACUCUAGGGCUAGGAAAUGAACUUCAAAAAUCAUUUGGUUACUUUUCUUGUUGAAUUUCCUUGAAAACAAUCUGUUCCUGGUGCCCAGUGGUUAUUCAGCCGGGACCAACAUGACUAUAAAAAAGGGGAUGUUGCAGUGAGUUGCAAAGGGUCAGAAAAGUCACCCUAAAGGAGAGUAUGGCCCCGUGAUGAAAGCAAGAAGACCUGGUUUAGCAAUGUUAUGCUUAUUAUUUAAGCAGUCCACUCAUCCUUCUAUUUUGGGAGAGGACUGUGGGCAGACUGAGAAGAUCAUAUCUGGAGUAGAAAGAACCAUCUUUCUCACUAGGGGUGAGGAACAGAGAGGCACAGGGAAAGAAAAUCAUGUAAGACUUUGACUAAAGCAAUGGCAGAAGAGCAAAUCUCCAAUGUGCUAACCUUCAAUAGUAAGUCUUUCCCAAGCUACUCCUGGUACCAGCAAGUGAUCAGAAAGACUAGGGGUUAUUUCUGACUGUAAAUGAAUUAUAUAAUGGCUCAGCUGCAGUUCUGUGACUUCUAAUCCAGGAAUUAAAUACUCUUUUUAAAGAAAAAAAAAAAAAAUCCUAUGCCAGUCUCCCAGCAAAAUGUACAUGUUUUGGAGACUUCAAAGGUAUUCUAUGAGUUCACAUUUAGCAACAGCUUAUUAAUAACCCUCAAGCUGUCAGAAUCUCUAUAGUUAUCAUUUACAAUUUUAUACUGUGAAAAAACACAGAUCAGUGAAUGCAUGCAGAUAAAUCAGAAUUCAUUUUGAAGAGGGACUGAGGCCUGGGAGAAUUCUCUAGUAUCUACUGAAGAAUGAGGCAUGUAUAAAACAGUUGGCUGAUUUCACUGAUCUUUCCAAUGUGAACAAAUAUACUAUGUAUAUUGUGUGUAUUUCUAGAAUUCAAUGGCAGCUGCUGGUGGUGUUGUAAUUAGAAAUCUAUAUAGAAUAUAGAUGUUUUAGACAGAUGGUGCCAAUUCUAAAAGAUUCACGUGGGCUAAAAGUGCUUGUACUUACUUUUUUCUGCACUUAUAAAUGAUUUGGUUUAAAAAUUGUGUGCGCGUAUCUGUUCUGUUUCUGUUGUUGCAGCUUGUACUAUUAAAAUAAUAGAGAAUGUUAAAUUAUUUUGAUGUGAAUUGCAAAUGAUUUUUUCAUAAAGUUACACAUUUUUAUCAGCAUUGUUUCACUUUGUACUUGUAUAAAUGUAUUUCAUUUUAGCAUUUUAAAGUACAGUUGCCUGUUUCUCAGUUGUUUAAAUCAUGUUAUAGUUGGUGUUUGUGAAGUCAGUUGCUUUUUGAAAAUAUUAAAAAAGAAACUAUGGUAUGA